CAAAGUAUGUUUUAGCAACGGUCGGCACAUUACUUGAUCUGGCAAUUCCUUGCACAUACAUUUUGCGCGGGCCCAUCCACGCGACACUCGAUAUGAACGCGUACAAGACGGUCGAGAAGAAGUGGAAGCGCACGAAGCUCGCUACGGCCGAGGACCUCUACGGCGCCGACGGGGCUCGCAUCGCGGAGGCCGCCGACCUCGUCGACGUCCAAGCGCUCACGCUUGCCCAGGCCGCAUGGGUCGACCAGGUGGGCAGCUGCGCGAUCUCCGCUGGCGCUACCUGCCCGAUUUAUGCGCUUCGGAAGCCAGGCGCUGUCGCAAACAACGAUAGCGAUGUACACGCAGGAUUCUUUAUCCUCCCAGGCGCGCUGGAUGCAGCGACGCAACGCUUGCUUGCUGAGAUGUGCUUGACCGAGUAUGCCGAGGCGCCGCACACGACCAACUUGCAUCCACUGGGACAAAACGUUGAAGGGAUCUGGGCCAAGUCGACGUCGCGGGCGCCCGGGCAGCCCGACCCGAUGGACAAGCUGCACUGGGCCGCCCUUGGGUACCAUUAUGAUUGGACCAAUCGCGCGUACCCGGAUACGCCAGGGUCGGAGGUCCCAGCGCUAUUGCAGAGCAUUGGCGUCGCCUGUGCAAAGGCGGUGGGCCUCGACAUCACUUCGGAGGCAGCGCUCGUCAACUACUACAAGGCGUCGUCGACGAUGGGCGGGCACCAGGACAAUGUGGAAGUCACGUUUGCGUACCCGGUUGUGUCGUUCUCGAUCGGGUCGAGCGCCAUCUUCCUCAAAGGUGGAUUGACCAAAGAUGAGGCGCCGAUCGAGAUCUUACUUCGCAGCGGCGAUGUUGUUGUUAUGGGCGGCACUUCCCGCCUCUGCUUCCAUGGCAUUGCGAAGACACUGCCGACGACCAACCUACCCGCGUUCCCUCGGGAGCUCCCCAACAGUGAUGCACUGUACCGGUCGAUCGCCGCGUAUGUACGCACGAACCGACUCAACAUCAACGUCCGACAGGUCUUUGAGCAAGCAACCAGCGAGGACCCGCCGCGGAAGCGCGUAAAAGCUGACGACUAAAGACACAUAGAACAAUGCAUUGACGCAACGACGAGGACACGGGUUAUGACGCGCCUUCAGCGAGCUUGGCCAUGAUUUCGUCGCAGUACGCUUGCAUACGCUGCUUGUACUGUUUGACGUGCAGAAUCGCAAGGUCUUCCUUCCC